AUGACUACUAGCGAACCAUACUGGACGACAGCUUUUCAACCGACUGGCAAUCGGUGGGCUGAAAAUUGCAAUGGUGGAAGUGUCCUUUCAGUCAAGAAGGAUGCUGCAGAUGGACGGUUGGAAUGGGUGGUUGGAUCUCAAACCAGCGAUACUCAAUUCCUGGGUCUUCACUCUAAUGGAAAGGUCAUUCGGUUUUCUUCCACAGACGAGUCUGACACUACUUUUAAUUUGAACGAGGAUGAGAUAGUGUUUACACGACCAUUGGUAGCCACAGGAGAUCCCUUGAUGCCAAUCUUUUCACCACCCAGUGGAUCCAUUUACAGCAAUGCUAUCCCUGUUACUGAAGGCGUGUUAUACGUGGACUCCUCCAACACAUUGCGGUUUGAUACCGAAAACACUACCAGUACGAUCGAAGGCAUUACCGACCCGUUGUUGGAUGCCCACAUAACCUACUCUUCUACAAAUCGCAUGUGGGCCGUCUACACGUACAUGACAGACCAACGAUAUGAUCAUGGAAUCUUGGGCGAUCGAGCUGAAGGUUAUCAUUUGACCAUACUGAAACAAGUAGGAGAUGGAACAAGUCUACUGCAAGUGGUCAAUGACAUCGUGUUGCAAGAUGACGAUUUCAUUGUCUUUGAAGAUUUGGCACCAGUUUGGACGGAUGUCGAUCAAGAUGGCAUCGAUGACUUGUUGACGACCAUUGCAACUAGCAGGCAAGGAGCUGCCAUGAGAGUAUAUCUAUUGAAUGCUGAUGGUACAGUCAAGGGACAAGUUCAGUCCCAUUACAUUGGGAAGGGCAAUCGGUGGCUGCACAAAAUUGCUCAUGCACCGACUGGUCCAAAUGGAGAAUGGGAGAUUCUCGACUGCCGGACUCCACACAUUGGUGGGAUUGUCCGAUACUAUCAGUACGAUGGUACUAGCAAACUAGUUGAAGUGGCACGAUUGUCAUCGCAAAGUUACACGAGUCACAAGAUUGGUUCCCGCAACAUCGAUCAAGCCUUGGUGGCAGACUUGAAUGGCGACGGGAUUCCCGAACUUAUCAUUCAAAAUCAACGACGGACCAAGAUUGUGGGAUUACAACGAACUUCUUCCGGCAUUGAAGAAGUCUGGAGUGUACCACUGGACUCAGCAAUUCAUUCCAACUUCGCCGUCUCGUGCGCCGAAAUUGGUUCUGCCCAGCUAGUAUUUGGAACCACAGACGAUCAACUUUAUACUGUGUCUUUUACUACCAAGAAUGGCACCAUGGGCAUGAAUGGUACACUCGACUUGGAUGGUCCAGUCGCUGCUUGUCGUUCCUGUUCGAUGCAGUGGAGUGGAAUCCUAUCGUUGUUCAUAGUGAUUUAUCAUCUCUGGUUAUAUUAA